AUGAAGCCACUGCCCCAUUCUCCAUGCAACAGCAGAACCAGUCGGUUAGCCACGCCAUUAUUUGGUCCUGCACUUGUGAUCAUUCUCUCAUUGGCCUCUCUUGCAAAAUCAUGCAGCGAGCAGGAGAAGGCCUCCUUGCUCCAGUUCGUCGCUGAGCUCUCCCAUGACAGUGGCCUCACCGGUUCGUGGAAGAGCGACACAGAUUGUUGCAGAUGGGAAGGUAUCGCCUGCAGUUCAAAUCAUCAGACGGUGACUGGUGUUUUCCUGCCGUCCAGAGGACUUCAGGGGCACAUCUCACUGUCUCUCGGCAACCUCACCGGCCUUGUGAGCUUGAACCUGUCAAACAACUUGCUGUCUGGAGGCCUACCGGUGAAUCUCUUGUCCUCCGGCAGCAUCGUUGUCCUUGAUGUCAGCUUCAACAAGCUCAGCGGGGACUUGCAGGAUCUGCAGUCUCCAACCUUCCGGCCUCUGCAGGUACUGAACAUCUCCAGCAACUUGUUUACAGGAGUGUUUCCAUCCACCACCUGGGAGGCGACGAAGAGUCUGGUUGCGCUCAAUGCUAGCAACAACAGCUUUAGUGGCCAGAUACCAGCUAGCUUAUGUGUCAGCGUGCCAUCAUCCUUUGCUUCGCUUCAUCUCAGCUACAACCAAUUCAGUGGAAGAAUCCCUCAAGGUCUCGGUAAUUGCUCCAUGCUGACAUCUCUCAGUGCUGGGAACAACGACCUAACUGGUACUCUUCCUGAUGAACUAUUCACUCUUACCUUGCUGGAGCACUUCUCUUUUCCUAAUAAUCAGCUAGAAGGAUCGAUCAAUGGCGUCAGCAAGCUCAAAAAUCUGGUGGCCUUUGAUCUUGGAGGGAAUAGUUUCAGUGGUAACAUCCCAGAGUCCAUAGGCAAACUCAAGAGAUUAGAGGAGCUCCAUCUGGACGACAAUAGCAUGUCUGGUGAGCUCCCAUCUACUCUAAGCAAGUGCACAAGUCUCGUGAUCAUGGACCUAAAGAAUAACAGUUUCAGUGGACAACUCAGCAAUGUCAAUUUCUCCAAGCUACCCAAAUUAAAAACCUUGGAUCUUUUGCGGAACAACUUCACUGGCACAAUCCCAGAAAGCAUAUAUACAUGCAGCAAACUAACAGCACUGCGGCUAUCUUCAAAUAAGUUCCAUGGCCAGUUGUCAGAAAGAAUUGGCAAUCUGAAGUCCCUCACAUUUCUGUCACUUGUUAACAACUCCAUUUCAAAUAUCACAGGUGCACUUCAGAUCCUAGGGAGUUGCAGCAGCCUGACCACCUUGUUUAUUGGGCACAACUUCUUGAACGAGGCCAUGCCAGAGGAUGAUAGAAUUGAUGGCUUUCAGAAGCUUCAGGUCCUUGCUUUAAAUCACUGCUCAUUAUCAGGAAAAAUACCUUUUUGGUUAUCGAAACUCACAAAUCUGGAAGUUUUACUUCUGUAUGGAAAUCAGCUAACUGGAUCCGUACCAGACUGGAUCAACAGCCUAAAGUUCCUAUUCCAUAUAAAUCUAUCAAACAACAGUCUUGUUGGGGAAAUUCCAACAGCCUUAGUGGAUAUGCCAAUGCUAAAAGCAGAUAAGGUCGAACCAAAGGCCUUCGAGCUGCCUGUUUAUAAGAGCCAGCAACGGCAAUUCCGUAUGCCCAUUUCUUUCUCAACAACGCUGAAUUUGGGCAUGAACAACUUCAGCGGUGUGAUCCCUGAAGAGAUUGGUCAGUUAAAGGCGCUCCUUACACUCUAUUUGAGCUACAACGACUUCACUGGACCAAUCCCGCAGUCGAUCUGCAACCUCACAAACCUCGAGUCACUGGACUUGUCUAGCAACCAUCUAACAGGUGCAAUCCCGACGGCACUAAACAAUCUGCAUUUCCUUUCUAAGUUCAAUGUCUCCAACAACGACCUCGAAGGGCCUAUCCCAACCACCGGCCAGCUCAGCACAUUCCCAAGUUCUAGCUUCUAG